UAAGUGAUUCAUAUCGUAAAAACAGCUAGGCUAGGUGAGGUUAGAUUCAUUGCAGAGCGGCUUGAGCCGCUAUAUAAAAAGCAGAUAUUUAACUAAAGAUAAUGAAAUUUUUUCUAGUAUUAUAAAAGACAUGACUUUUAAUUAUAAAUCCGUUGUAUUUUGAUUAUAUUAUGCAUAACGUUAUCGUAAAUAUGUUGACAUACAGUUAAAACUUGUUUAACCUAUUGAUUGUCAGAGAAAAGAGGUUACAGUUAUGUUGCACGUGAGAGUUACAUUUUGCUUCAGGUGAAUAUCGGACAAUCUUUCUGAAAACAUAAAACAUUAGAAAAUGUCACAUGAAAAACCGUGUCGUGCUUGUACAGACUUUCAAACAUUUGCGAAGCUCCAGAAAGAAGCUUAUAAUUCCAAAAAGGAAUUACAGAAAAAACAGAAUAAAAAGCCAAGCAAUAGCAAUAAUGAUAAGCGAGAAGAUUGUCCAUUAGACAAAAAUGAAUUAGGAUCAAAGACUUGGGCCUUCUUACAUACCAUGGCAGCAUAUUAUCCUGACAAACCAAAUGAAAAACAGAAGCAUGACAUGAAAAACUUUUUUCAGAUAUUUUCAAAAUUCUAUCCUUGCAACAUAUGUGCGGAAGAUUUGCAAGAACAAUUGAAACAUUCACCGCCUGAAACUGAUUCACAAGAAAAAUUAAGCCAAUGGCUAUGCAAAAUUCACAAUGAUGUAAAUAGAAAGCUUGGAAAACCAGAAUUUGAUUGUAAGUUAGUGAAUCAAAGGUGGAGAGAUGGUUGGCUUGAUGGCUCUUGUGAUUGAUCAUUGAUAGCAAUAAUAGUUCAAAAAUAUAAAAUGGGACCUGAAUACAAUUUUAUGUACAUUAUAUAUAUAUAUAUUUAUGUAUAUA